CACUUAACUACGUGCACAUACAAAACUAGAAAUCAGUUUCUCUUCUCUGUUGAAACAUGGCAAUUACUGGGUUGCUAUUACUGGGAAUUCUUUCUUUGUGCUCAUCUCCUGCUCAUGGCUGGAUUAAUGCUCAUGCCACUUUCUAUGGAGGCGGUGAUGCCUCCGGUACAAUGGGUGGAGCAUGUGGGUAUGGUAACUUAUACAGGGAAGGAUAUGGUACAAACACAGCAGCGUUAAGCACAGCACUGUUCAACAAUGGGUUGAGCUGUGGUGCUUGUUUCGAGAUCAAGUGUGUGAAUGAUCCAAAAUGGUGUCUUCCGGGUUCUGUUGUGGUCACGGCUACUAAUUUCUGCCCACCAAACUAUGCAGUUUCUGACAAUGGUGGAGCGUGGUGCAACCCUCCCCACCACCAUUUUGAUCUUUCUCAGCCUGUUUUCCAACGCAUUGCUAAAUAUAAAGCUGGAAUAGUACCAGUUUCUUACAGAAGGGUAGCAUGCAGAAAGAAGGGAGGAGUAAGAUUCACCAUGAACGGCCACUCAUACUUCAACUUAGUACUAAUAACAAAUGUUGGGGGAGCUGGUGAUGUGCAUGCAGUCUGGAUAAGAGGAUCAAGAACAGGAUGGAGACCCAUGUCAAGAAACUGGGGUCAAAACUGGCAAUCCAACUCUUACCUAAAUGGUCAAACCGUAAGUUUCAAAGUUACCACCAGUGAUGGUCGUACGAUGAUCUCCAACAAUGUUGUUCCUGCGACUUGGUCGUUUGGACAGACCUUUAGCGGUCUCCAAUUCCCAUUUUGAGUUCUUCAAAUAUUAAGAAGGUAGAUUGAGCAGAUUUAGUAGUGAGCUUUAGAGGGGUCUUAUGCUUUUUCUUUUAUAUUUUUCCAAAGAAAGAAAAAAGAAAGCAGAAAGGAGAUUGACAGUGGUGGGAUUUUACCACCCGCAAAUUCUUUGGCUUCUCAACUUCAUAUUAUUUCUCUCUUCAAUGCCAAUUUUACUUAACCAUUUCUGUAUUAAGCUUUUCUUUGCUGAGAAAAGAAACUUCUCGUAAGGUUAUAUUGGGAAGUUGAUUAAAUAAAAUAAAAUCACUUUU